AUGCCUCUCUCUCUCUUACUAUCACGUUCUUCCAGUCUCUCUCAAUAUCUCUCUCUUAAUCUAUCCAGCUAUAUGUCUGUAUGCCUCUCUUUCUUUUCGCUUACUCAAAUAUUUUGUAUUGCUAUCUCUCAUUCACUACAACCUUUUAUUUUUCACUAUCUCUCACUGUCACUCUCUUUUUCUCUCUAUUUCGCUUAUUUUAUACAGCUGUAUUUCUCUAUCUCUUUCUCUCUAUCUCUCUCUAUAUUUCUAUAUCUCUCUAUUACUCGAACAUUCUAUAUUUCUAUCGCUCUUUCUCUUAAUCCCUUUUAUUUUUCUCUAUUUCUCACUAUCAGUCUCUCUCUCUCUCGCUUAAUCUAUCCAGCUAUAUUUCUAUAUCGCUCUCUCUCUCUCUCUCUCUCUCUCUCUCCCUUACUUGAACUUUCUGUAUUUCUAUCUCUUCCUCUUACUGCAAUCUUUUCUUUUUCCAUUUCUCACUCUUAUACGCUCUCUCUCUCACUCUCGCUCUCUCUCUCUCUCUCUCUUUCGCUUAAUCUAUCCAGGUAUAGUUCUGCAUCUCUCUCUCUCUUUUAA